AUGGACAGGAAAAGGAAGUGGGAUCCAGGCUUCGGAGCGGUGUUAUUGACGCUCGUGAGUCACAUGACUGCAGCACUUGAAGUGCCUCUUGAUCUGCCUCAGCCCCCCACCAUAACCCUCCAGUCCCCCAAGGAUUACAUCUUUGAUCCUCGCGAGAACAUCGUCAUCCACUGUGAGGCCAAAGGGAAGCCUCAGCCCAGCUUUUCAUGGACGAGAAACGGAAGCCACUUCGAUGUGGAUAAAGACUCCAAAGUGGUAAUGAAGCCCGGUUCAGGAACUCUGGUCAUCGAUAUCAGCGGAGAGAAAGCGGAGGCCUACGAGGGAACGUAUCAGUGUACAGCUCACAAUGAGCAUGGCACGGCUCUGUCCAAUAACAUCGUCAUCAGGCAGUCCAGGUCCCCCUUAUGGUCAAAGGAGAGAAAUGAGGCCAUCGUGGUGCAGAUGGGGGUCUCUCUGGUGCUGCAGUGCCGACCCCCUGCUGGGCUCCCCCCACCUGUCAUCUUCUGGAUGGACAACAACUUUCAGAAGCUGCCGCUGGAUCAACGAGUGUCCCAGGCCCUGAACGGAGACUUGUACUUUUCCAAUGUUCUCCCAGAAGACACCAGGAGCGACUACAUUUGCUAUGCUCGAUUCCCCCACACGCAGACCAUCCAGCAGAAACAGCCCAUCUCAGUCAGUGUGCUGAACAUGGAGACAAUGAAUGAGACUCUGGCUGCUUUAUACAAUGUCACUGAUUUCCGUAGUGACAGUCCAGAAGGUGAGCGCCGGCCCGGUUUCAUGUUACCUCUUGGCCCCACAAGUACCCAGAUGGUUCUGAAAGGGGAGACUCUGGAGCUGGAAUGCAUUGCUGAGGGAUUGCCCACUCCAGAUAUCUCCUGGCAGAAGGAUGGAGGGGAGCUGCCGAGCAGCAGGGUGUCGUACCACAACUUCAAGAAGACGCUGAAGAUUUCUUCUGUGAGUGAAGCUGACGGUGGAAACUACCGCUGUACGGCCACCAACAAACUGGGCACAGCAGACCACAUCAUUAAGGUCACUGUUAAAGCGGCUCCUUUCUGGAUCAGUGCUCCCAGGAACCUGAUCCUUGCUCCAAAUGAGACUGGCAUCUUGACUUGUCGUGUUAAUGGAGAACCUAAACCGAACAUCCACUGGUUUGUCAACGGGGUACCCAUAGGCAACACCCCUGAGGAUCCAAGCCGCAAAGUGGAGGAUGACACUGUGAUUCUCAGCAGCGUGCAGUCUGGAUCCAGUGCCGUCUACCAGUGCAAUGCAUCCAAUGAGUUUGGCUACCUGAUGGCUAACGCUUUUGUCAGCGUUUUAGCUGAACCACCAAGAGUGCUCACUCCACCCAACCGAGUGUACCAGGUCAUCACAAACAAUCCUGCUUUACUGGACUGUGCCUCCUUUGGCUCGCCAAUACCAACCAUCACAUGGUUCAAAGACAGUCAGAUCAGCAUCAAGAGUGGCGAGCUGUACGUGAUCCAUGAGAAUGGCACGCUGGAAAUCAACGUGGCCCAGCCUAUGAACAGUGGGAAGUACACCUGCAUCGCCACCAACAACCUGGGAAUCAAAGAGAAUCACGUCGUCCUGGAAGUGAAAGAGCCCACCCGCAUCCUCAAGCAGCCGGAGUACAAAGUGGUGCAGAGAGGAAUGCGCGCCGUGUUCGAGUGCAAAGUCAAACACGACCCCUCCCUCGUUCCCACGGUGACCUGGCUGAAGGACAGAGGAGAGCUGCCAGAUGACGAGAGGUUUGAGGUGGACACGGACAGUCUGACCAUCAAAGACGUUACAGAUGAAGACGAGGGGACCUACACCUGCAUCAUGAACACAACUCUGGAUCAGGACUCGGCCAGCGCCAUGCUAACGGUCGUUGAGGCAACUCCCACUCCAGCAAUUGUCUACGAGAAACCCGAUGCUCCCACUGACCUGGAACUCACCGACCAGACAGAGAGGAGUGUUCAGCUCACCUGGACCCCUGGAGACGAGCACAACAGUCCGACUCAGUACUUUUUGAUCCAGUAUGAGGAUCUGCUCCACCAGCCAGGGACCUGGGUAAACCUGACCGAGGUGGCUGGUACCAGCACUACCGCCCAGCUCCAGCUGUCUCCGUACGUGUAUUACUCUUUCAGGGUGGUGGCUCGGAAUGAGGUUGGCUUCAGCCAGCCCAGCGAGCGCUCGAGCCAAUAUAGAACCAAUCCUGCAGCUCCUGAUGAAAAUCCGUCACAUGUCCGAGGAAUUGGAACCGAGCCCAACAACUUGGUCAUUUCUUGGACACCACUGACAGGAUUCCAGUCCAAUGGUCCUGGUCUGGAGUACAAAGUCCAGUGGAGACAGAAGGACGCGGGCGAGGAAUGGUCAUCAAAGACCGUGGCCAACGUUUCCGAGUUUGUAGUUUCUGGAACUCGGACCUACACGGCGUAUGAAAUCAAAGUCCAGGCUUUUAAUCAUUACGGCAACGGCCCCACUCCUGAAAUCGCGAUUGGCUACUCAGGAGAAGACGUGCCUUUGUCUGCUCCUGACCGUGUGCAGGUCAUGGUUCAUAACAGCACACUGGCAGAGGUGUAUUACCGCCGGCUGCGUGGUUUGCACGAGACAGAUGAGCAAUCGGAUCAGCAGGAGCACGUUCUGACCUUCAGUGGGGACCUCAGCGAGGGAAAGCUGCCAGACCUGCAGCCUUUCAGUAUCUACAGUCUCUUCAUCAAGGUCCUCAACAACAAAGGGGAGGGGCCUCCUAGCCUCAACAGCACGUUCGAGACACCUGAGGGAGUUCCAGGGCCUCCUUCCAAUCUGAACGUGGUCAACCAUGGUUUGGACUCUCUCACUCUGGAAUGGAGCCCACCGAUGAAGACCAAUGGCCGUCUUGCUGGAUACACACUCGUAUACCAAACAGUAAAUAGCUCCGGUGAACUGGGUCCAGGCAAGGUAAUGAGCUUUCCAGCCAAUGAGACCACCGUUACCCUGGGCAACCUGAACUCCAGCAUGCUCUACAAGUUCUCCUUAAAUGCAAAAACAAUCAAGGGCCCUGGUCCCAACAUCACAAAGGAGGCCUCCACAGCCAUGGAUACAACUCGUAUUCAGCCCACUGUAGAGACGGGCAAAGGCCCCACAGAGCCCCCACACCCAACUUCCCCCAUCACUCAGUCUCUGCAUUCCCCGUUUCACAAGGUGCCUCCUGUUGGCCCUCCGUUUGGCACAGUUAACACAUCUGUAUCAGAGGAGGGCGCAGUUAUCAGUUGGGAGUACUUUGGACAUCAUAAGAAUGUAUUUGUGGAGUAUAUUGUAGAAAACAGUGAGGAAAACUGGAGAAAGGAGUUGGUAAAUGGUACACACUCACAUACGAUAAGGGGCUUAAAGCCCGGGACGUCCUAUAGGGUGCGAGUGGUAGCUAGAGACGGAGCUGACGGGACGGCCCACAGCACAAACGAAGUGUUGGUUACAGUGCCAGCUGUGCCCAAUCGGCAGGUAGACAUCGCCACGCAGGGCUGGUUCAUUGGGCUGAUGUGUGCCAUCGCUCUCCUCAUAUUGGUGCUUCUCAUUGUGUGCUUCAUCAAGAGAAAUAAAGGUGGAAAAUAUCCAGUGAAAGAGAAAGAAGAUGCUCACCAAGACCCUGAGAUCCAGCCUAUGAAGGAGGAUGAUGGGACUUUUGGAGAAUAUAGUGACACGGAGGACCACAAGCCGCUGAAGGGCAGCAGGACGCCGUCCAACGGGACGGUGCGGCGGGACGAGAGCGACGACAGCCUAGUGGACUACGGGGAGGGCGGGGACGGUCAGUUCAACGAGGACGGCUCGUUCAUCGGCCAGUACAGCGGCAAGAAAGAGAAGGACACGCACGAAGGCAACGAGAGCUCGGAGGCCCCGUCGCCCGUCAACGCCAUGAACUCCUUCGUCUAG